GGCAGGAAAAACAUAUGAUUACCACGUGUUACAGUGCUAUCUGUCAAAUUGAACGUCCCAUUCAUUCUCUUUUCAGAUUAAACUUUUAUUUAAUAAAUAUAUUUUAUAUAUAAUGCGGGUAGACUUAGGUUUCGUCGAAAAAUGCGAAACGUGGCGAUUGGAAAGUAGGUUUUUUCCAAGUAAAGUGGGCGGUAAACCAGCAUGGCUUAAUUUAAAGGAUAUUCCUGGAGAGAAGGAUGUGCAAUGCGAAUAUUGUGAAGAGCCUUGCAUAUUUUUAUGUCAAAUUUACGCUCCUUACGAAGACAAUGAAACUGCUUUUCAUAGAAGCGUAUAUAUUUUUAUAUGCCAAAAACCAGAAUGCUGUAAGUUAAACAAAAAUGGAAACCUGAAGGUUUUUAGAUCUCAGCUACCAAAAAAAAACGAAUUUUAUCCGUCUGAACCACCUGUAGAGGAACCUGACUGGAGAACUGAUAUCAGUAUAAUUAAAUGGGUAAGAUCAUGCAAGGUCUGUGGAAUAUUUGCACCCAAUCAUUGUUCUAAAUGCAAGUGUGUAAAUUACUGUUGUCGUGCUCAUCAAAUUUUUGAUUGGAAAUGUGGUCACAAAGAAUCCUGCGGUCGUGAUCCUCUUACAAUACAAAAUAGUAAACUAUUAUUCCCUGAGUAUGAAAUAGUAAUAGAAGCAGAGAAUGAGAGAGAAGAUAAUGAUGAAAGUAAUUGUGAAAAAGAAGAAGAAGAAAUUAAAAAGUAUGAAACUAUGAUAGAGAGUGGCCAGGCAGGAACUCUUCAAAAUGAAGAUGUACAGAGUGAAUUAUUAAGCAUGGCUAAUCAGAAGGAAGAUGAAAUAUUUUCUGAAUUUCGGUUAACUAUUGAUCAAUAUCCUGAUCAGAUUUUAAGGUAUAAUAGAGGAGGAAAGGUUUUAUAUAUUUCAGCAGAAAAUAAAAUUAACGAAGUACCAAAAUGUUCAGAAUGUAAUGAGGAGAGGCAAUUUGAAUUUCAGAUUAUGCCUCAAUUACUAAAUUUCCUCAACUUAAAGAAUGCUUAUGAAUGCAUCGAUUGGGGAAUUUUGGCAGUAUUUACAUGUAUAAAUUCAUGUACACCUAAGAAUGGAUACGUUACAGAAUAUGUAUGGAAGCAAGACAUCAUAGAAACUAAUUCAGACAAUAUCUAA